AUGGCGGAGCAUGGCGACGGCGUAUCGCUAGAUAAGGCAGCACGGUCCAUGCAGAUUGCCGCGCGCACGUUCAAGAGGAAGGACAAGUCAGCGCAGCCAUGGAAGCCGAAAAUCCUCAGCAGAGGCGAUGUCAUGUAUGCCACGGAGAUUCCCGAGGAGGACAGCAUCGCGCUGCAGCAGGAACGAACGAUGUAUGUUCAGAAGCGCGGCUGGGCGGCAGAAGAGAACCAGCCGUACCGCCCCCUGGGCACCCCGGACCUCGAACGGAAGUACAAGCCACCCAACAUCGGCCCGACGAAACGACGCAAGAAGAAAACACGGAAAAGCGACGGCCUCCAGACCGACCACCCAGCCGAGGGCGAGAAGGAGGAUGGCGAGGACGACGACCCGCUCCUGCACCCUCCGAACCCGGACAGCAAGGUCGCCGCGGCGCGGCGCAUCCGCACGUGGGGCGACACGGGGUACAAGGAGCUGUCGCAGCACAUCAAGCUGUCGUCGGAGCGCGUGCUGUCGUGCAAGGGCGGACAGCCGUUCCCGGAGGUGCUGUAUCGCCAGCGGCUCGGGCUGUACCCCGUGAGCGCGCUCAAGUCGCAGGAACGCAUGUGGGACAUACCGCAGCACGUGUCGAUGCUGGACGACCCGACGUCGUUCGCGUCGCUGCAGUCGAGGGAUCCCCGGUCGAUGGCCUCGCUGAACGAGAAGGACCCGGCGUCGAUCUUCGUGGAGAAGACCCUGGUCGAAGCAGGCCUGAGCCCGCGGCCCGUCCCAGGCGCCUUCUCGCAGCGUCUGCUGUCGCAGAUGGCUGCGGCGGGCAAGGACGAUUCCGCCCUGAAGCUCCCGGCGCUCGGGCGCCGCGGGAAGGCCGGCCAGCUCCUCGCGGGGGAGCCAACACCGGAGGUGGCGCUGGAGCGCGUGCUGGAGACGAUCGCGAAGAUGCGGCUGGCGCUGGACCCGCGGCGCGCUCUCCAGGAACAAGUCGAGGACUUCCACGCCGCGAAGGACGAGCUCUCGCACCAGCUGCACGAGAAACUGGCCGAGAAGACGACCUACCGACUCGACACGUACCUGCGCAAACGCGAGCUCCUGCCGGAGACCGGGGCGCUUCCGGCGCUCGACAGCCGGCGGUGGGACCUCGAGGUGGAGCGGUCGCGGCUGCAGGACCAGCUGAUGGUGCUCGACGCGCACCCGUGGUGGAACCGCCUCAUGUUCUUCCUGACUCAGUCGGGCGGGCAGAUCACUCCCCAGCAGAAGGUCGCGCUCGCGCUGAUCAAGGACCUCAUCGAGAAGUCCGAGGAGUUCGGCGAGCCCGCGCUCUACACGUUCCUCCUCGUCAUUCCGCGCGAGUUCCACAACGACGACUCCGUGCAGCGCAUUGUGGCCUUCUUGCACGAAGAGCUCGACGUGAACGUCGCGCAGUACCGGCGGUUCCUCGACCUGCACCAGCUGCCGAUCCCCGCGAGCCUCAAGAAGGGCGACGAGCGCUCCCGCACCACCACGCGCCACGGCACGAACCGGAUGGCGCGGCAAAAGUCGAUGAUGCAAAGCAUGAGCCGGGCGUCGCGGCAGCCGCGGCACAUGCCGAGCAUUGCGGGGUCGACGAGCAUUGCGGGGAGCGUGAGGAGCCGGGAGGGCGGCCGGGGGAGCGAGGCGGGCGGGGGGGGGUUCUUGCCGAACGUGUCGUAA